AUGACGAACCCAAAAGACGGAGGUAAAGUGGAUCGUUCAGUAAAGAAAGGUCGAGGUCCUUCUAUGUUUGCUCUACAAGGCGAAAAUUAUCAUCUAAUGGGUUCUUUGAAACCCAAACUUUGCGACUAUCCAAAGUUUCAACAGUUAUAUAUUGUUGAUACUGAAAAUGAAGUUGCAAACCGAAUGAAUAUAAUGAGUAAAGAUGAUGAGAAUCGAUCUGAAAAGAGAAAGUUCAAAGAGGAAAUUGUUGAAAAACUACAGAAGAUGUUGAAUGAGAUAAAUCCUUACGUACAACAUUUUCGUUAUGCAAGAGAUAGGUUUGCUUUAGAAAAAGAAAAAGCAAAUUUCCAUCUGCGAAUCGUGUCUACACGUGAGAAAGAUGGCACCAAAUAUAACUUGCCUACUGCUUCUGAAGUUGCAGCAUUGAUACCUGGAGAUUUCAAUGACGAAAUGAAUAAGCGUGAUAUAGUUAUUGAAAUGCAGUCUGCUAUUUAUCAGAUUGAGUUUCAGAAAAGAGGUCUCCCUCAUGCUCAUAUUAUUGUCUGGAUGGAUAAAAAACAUAAGUUCCAAACAGCCGAUCAUAUCGACAAGAUAAUUUGUGCUGAAAUCCCAGAUAAAGAGAAAGAUCCAGAAAUCUACGAAGUUGUCAAAGAAUGUAUGAUUCAUGGUCCCUGUGGAAGUGUGAAUAUUAACUCUCCGUGUAUGGUUGGAGGAAAAUGUUCAAAGUUCUAUCCUAAGGAAUUUGUUAAUACAACAAACUUAGACAGAGAUGGAUAUCCAAUUUACAGGAGGAGGGAUGAUGGCCGUUUUAUAGAGAAGAAUGGUUUCAAGUGCGACAAUACAUAUGUCGUCCCAUACAACAGAAAACUUUCUCUAAAGUACCGAGCUCACAUUAACGUGGAAUGGUGUAACCAAACUGGAUCGUUCAAGUACUUAUUUAAGUAUGUGCACAAAGGUCAAGAUCGUGUUAUUGUGUCUGUUGAGGCCGGUGAAGAAGAGGAUGAAACUGAAUAUGUUUCCGCAUGUGAAGCAUUCUGGAGGACGAAUCAAUAUCCUAUACACUAUAGAACAACACCUGUUGUGAAACUUACAUUCGAUAAGGAAGGGAAGCAACCUAUUUUCUACAAAGAUGGCGACAAGCCAACUACCGUAUUAAAUCGCCCAACUCUUGAUCAGACGAUGUUUACGGCUUGGUUUGAGUUGUGUCUAAGGGAUGAGGAAGCCAAAAAGCUUACAUAUGAACAGAUUCCAAAUAAAUACAUCUAUGAUAAAAAGGAGAAAGAGUUUCGUCGGAGAGGUAAAACUGGUUUCUCUAUUGGGCGAAUCAAUUAUGUGCCACAUAAUUUAGAAGAUUCCUACCAUCUUCGAAUUCUCAUCAACAGCAAAACAGGUCCUACCAGUUUCAGCGACAUCAAAACUGUCAAAGGUGUUGUUUAUAAAACCUAUAAAGAGGCAUGCUUUGCUCUAGGACUGCUAGAUGAUGACAAAGAGUAUAUUGAAGGCAUAAAGGAAGCUAAUUUUUGGUGUUCAUCCAAGUUUUGUCGUAGACUUUUUGUGAUAAUGCUUAUAUCUGAAAGUUUAACUUCUCCUAAAACUGUAUGGGAAGAAACAUGGAAAAUCCUAUCAGAAGAUAUUGAGAGAAAAUAA